CGCGCGCGCCCCGGCCCCUCCGUGCAGGUGGAGGCAUGUAGCAGCACCUGGAGCUCCGUGCACGUCGCUCCUUCUUCCUCAUCCUGACGUCGCCCGUCCGCUGCGAGCCUCCCUGUGGCGGGAGAGGGGAUCUUUUUCUCGGGUCGAGGAGCGUUCCUUCCCGCCGCUGCACGUCCGAUGGUCGAUGGUCGUUGAGGAAGCUUCCAUCUUGAGUGCACCACCAUGGCGAGCGACUCCCCCGCCAGGAGUCUGGACGAGAUCGACCUGUCUGCUCUACGGGACCCGGCUGGCAUCUUUGAGCUGGUUGAACUGGUUGGGAAUGGCACCUACGGCCAAGUGUACAAGGGUCGCCAUGUCAAAACUGGCCAGCUGGCUGCCAUCAAGGUCAUGGACGUCACAGGAGAUGAGGAGGAGGAGAUUAAAGCGGAGAUCAACAUGCUGAAAAAGUACAGCCACCACAGGAACAUCGCCACAUACUAUGGCGCCUUCAUCAAGAAGAAUCCUCCCGGCAUGGACGACCAGCUGUGGCUGGUGAUGGAGUUCUGCGGCGCCGGCUCGGUGACGGAUCUCAUCAAAAACACCAAAGGGAAUUCUCUGAAGGAGGAGUGGAUUGCCUACGUCUGCAGGGAGAUCCUCAGGGGUCUCACUCACCUCCACCAGCACAAGGUCAUCCAUCGGGACAUCAAAGGUCAGAAUGUUCUCUUGACGGAGAACGCCGAGGUCAAGCUAGUGGAUUUUGGCGUCAGCGCUCAGCUGGAUCGCACGGUGGGAAGAAGGAACACGUUCAUCGGGACGCCAUAUUGGAUGGCGCCGGAGGUGAUCGCUUGUGACGAGAACCCAGACGCCACGUAUGACUUCAAGAGUGAUCUGUGGUCGCUCGGCAUCACGGCCAUCGAGAUGGCGGAGGGAGCGCCACCGCUGUGCGACAUGCAUCCCAUGAGAGCACUCUUCCUCAUCCCCAGAAACCCCGCCCCCAGACUCAAGUCAAAGAAGUGGUCCAAGAAGUUCCAGUCGUUCAUCGAGAGCUGUCUGGUGAAGAGCCACGGUCAGCGGCCCAGCACCGAGCAGCUCCUCAAGCACCCCUUCAUCAGGGACCUUCCUAACGAGCGGCAGGUCCGCAUCCAGCUGAAGGACCACAUCGACCGCACCAAGAAGAGGCGGGGCGAGAGAGAUGAGACCGAGUACGAGUACAGCGGCAGCGAGGAGGAGGAUGAAGAGCGGGACAUCGGCGAGCCCAGCUCCAUCAUCAAUAUUCCCGGGGAGUCCACUCUGAGGCGGGACUUCCUGCGUCUUCAGCUGGCCAACAAGGAGCGGUCGGAGCUGAUCCGCCGCCAGCAGCUGGAGCAGCAGCAGAACGAGGAGCACAAGCGACAGCUGCUGGCCGAGAGGCAGAAGCGUAUCGAGGAGCAGAAGGAGCAGAGGCGGCGGCUGGAGGAGCAACAGCGCCGCGAGCGAGAGAUGAGGAAACAGCAGGAGCGGGAGCAGAGGAGGCGCUACGAGGAGAUGGAGCAGAUCCGCCGCGAAGAGGAGAGGCGACACGCUGAGAGAGAACAGGAGUAUAUCCGUAGACAGCUGGAGGAGGAACAGAGGCAGCUGGAGAUCCUGCAGCAGCAGCUCUUGCAGGAGCAGGCCUUACUGCUGGAGUACAAGAGGAAGCAGAUCGAGGAGCAGCGCCAGGCCGAGCGUCUGCAGAGGCAGCUGCAGCAGGAGCGAGCCUACCUGGUGUCUCUGCAGCAACAGCAGCAGCAGGACCCACAGCGCCCCCCGCAGGACAAGAAGCAGCUCUACCACUACAAGGACCAGGCGCCAGGCGCCGCCAACGACAAGCCCGCCUGGGCUAAAGAGGUGAUGCGUCGUGCUCAGAGCAACUCGCCUCGCGUUCCCCCCAGGAAGUACCACUCCUUUAGGCAUCCUCGAGACGCCAACCUGGACAACCUGCUCUUGCUUCCCGGUUACAAACCUCGCAGGCCCCGCCCCCCUUCCUACCCCGCCCACGUCAGCCCCUCCAGGAGUUACGACCACAGCCACCAUCACCACCACGGCCACAUGCCGCGAAUCCGCAUCACCUGCGCCCCGGAGCAAGCCCCGGUGGCGCUCCGACGGAGGAGCCCGGACGCCCGAGGGCGGAGUCCCAGCCGGCGGGUGGACGAGCGUUAUGUGAUCAACAGACAGACUUCUCCUGCAUUGCAGCAUAAAGUCUCCAACCGGAUCUCGGACCCCUCGCUGCCGCCCCGCUCCGAGUCCUUCAGCAGCGGCGGCAUCCAGCAGGCCCGGACUCCGCCCAUGCACCGCUCGGUGGAGCCGCAGAUGGCGCACCUGGUGCAGGUGAAGAGUCACGGGCUGUCAGGCUCGCAGUCUCUGUACGACCCCCACGGCGUGUCCUCUUCCACGGUGUCGCCCUCCCCCUCCCGACCUCCCAUGCCCCGGCAGAACUCCGACCCCACCUCAGACACCCCUCCUCCCAUGCCUCUCUCACGCCUGGCGCCCCCUCUUGACAAGCUGGACCGCAGCUCCUGGCUGCGGCAAGACGACGACAUGCCCCCCAAGGUUCCUCAGAGGACCACGUCCAUCUCCCCGGCUUUGGUCAGGAAGAACUCACCUGGAAACGGUCCUGGACUCGGACCGCGGGCUGGAGCACACCUCAUACGGGCCAGCAACCCUGAUCUUCGGAGGACUGAUGUUUCCAUGGAUACACCCCUGAAGAGGACGAGCAGUGGCAGCUCCUCCAGCUCCAGCACCCCCAGCUCGCAGGGCGGCUCUAAUGAGCGAGCAAAUGCAGCCAUGAAGACAGAAGGCACAGUUCCGUCAGACGAGGCCAAGGACGACGGCAGAGACGUGUCGCGACCCAGUCGGCCUGCAAGCUAUAAGAAAGCUGUAGACGAGGACCUGACAGCGUUGGCCAAGGAGCUGCGGGAGCUGCGUCAGGGGGAAGAAACCAGCCGCCCGCCUGUCAAGGUGACAGACUACUCCUCCUCCAGCGAGGAGUCUCACAGCAGCGAGGAUGAGGAGGGAGAAGGCGGGGCUAAUGACGGAACGGUGUCUGUCAGUGACAUCCCUCGGAUCAUGCCUGCAGCCAGCCAAGGAGCCAACGAGGCCCUCGGCAUGAUGGGAGGCCACAACGACUCGCAUGCGGACUCGUAUGGAAACAACUCCCAGGACAGCACCCUGAUGAUGCGUGAGAGACUUGGCGAGCGGAGGCGGAGCUCGACCGCCAGCAACGGCAUCCUCGGCAUUGCUAAUCUUUUUGCCGACACCUCAGAUCUCCCUGAUUUGGUGCAACAAAGCACUUCCUCCCUGGUUGCCCUUGGCGGUGACGGCCCCGGGGCCCAAUACGGGAUGGCAGGGGGAGGAGGAGGCGGCGGCAGUGGUAGCUCCAAGGCCUCCUUCACGCCGUUUGUGGAUCCCAGGGUUUACGGGACUUCCCCGACGGAUGACGAGGACAACAUCUCUGCUUCAGCCAUGUUUGCCGACGAGCUGCUGAAGCAGGAGCAGGCGCGCCUCAACGAAGCCCGCAAGAUUUCGGUGGUCAACGUCAAUCCCACCAACAUCCGACCGCACAGCGACACUCCCGAGAUCCGCAAGUACAAGAAGCGCUUCAACUCCGAGAUCCUGUGUGCCGCUCUGUGGGGAGUCAACCUGUUGGUGGGAACGGAGAAUGGCCUGAUGCUGCUGGACCGCAGCGGGCAAGGCAAAGUCUACAACCUCAUCAAUCGCCGCCGCUUUCAGCAGAUGGACGUCCUGGAGGGUCUCAACGUUCUGGUCACCAUUUCAGGCAAGAAGAACAAGCUGCGUGUGUACUACCUGUCCUGGCUGAGGAACAGGAUACUACACAAUGACCCCGAGGUGGAGAAGAAGCAGGGCUGGAUCACUGUAGGCGAGCUGGAGGGAUGCGUGCACUACAAAGUCGUGAAGUACGAGAGGAUCAAGUUCUUGGUGAUCGCCUUGAAGAACGCUGUAGAGAUUUACGCCUGGGCUCCUAAACCUUAUCACAAGUUCAUGGCCUUCAAGUCUUUCACGGAGCUGCAGCACCGCCCCCUGCUGGUGGACUUGACAGUGGAGGAAGGGCAGAGGUUAAAAGUCAUCUACGGCUCCAGUGCAGGCUUCCACGUCAUUGACGUGGACUCCGGCAACCCCUACGACAUCUACAUCCCCUCACAUAUUCAGGGGCAAGUGACCCCGCACGCCAUCGUGGUUCUGCCCAAGACGGACGGCAUGGAGAUGCUGCUGUGUUACGAGGACGAGGGCGUCUACGUCAACACCUACGGCCGCAUCACCAAAGAUGUGGUACUGCAGUGGGGCGAGAUGCCCACCUCUGUUGCUUACAUCCAUUCCAACCAGAUCAUGGGCUGGGGAGAGAAGGCCAUUGAGAUCCGCUCGGUGGAGACGGGACACCUGGACGGUGUUUUCAUGCACAAGCGAGCUCAGCGAUUGAAGUUCUUGUCUGAGAGGAAUGACAAGGUUUUCUUUGCAUCCGUCCGUUCCGGUGGCAGCAGCCAAGUCUUCUUCAUGACCCUCAACAGAAGCUCCAUGAUGAACUGGUAACCCUCUCGUGACUCCCAACAUGGCCGCCGUCACCACAGACGAGGGGUGCCCGGUGUUAGUAACAAAGUCUUCAGGCGGUGUCGCCCGGGAUCUCCGUGACGCCUUUGCUCACACUCGAGGCUGGCAUCGCUCUUGACAGCUUCGGACUUCGAUGACAUGACGCCGAGUAGCCUUUGACUUCCCCCUGUGGCCGACCAGGGAACUGCGGACAAGUUGUAGCACAUCACUUCUUCUUUUUUUUUUUUUACUACUUCCUGGGACUGAUCCAAUCCAGCAACAUCUUUGAAUGCUUCGGCUACUAAGGACACGUUGGAAACGAAAUCCCAAAUGGACGUGUCACUUGUUGAUUUUCAAAAUAAGGGUGUUUGUAGAAUAAUAGCCAAUGAGUAGAUAUUUUUUGUUUUGCUACAUCGUGAAGGAAAAAGAGGGAAAAGAACUUCUUGACAAAGAUGAUAGCGAUGCUUUUUAGGGAACUUCUGGUCAGUGUUGGCAGUGAUGAGUAGUCACGAGGGAGCCACGAGCCAACAUCCAGAAAUAACUUGAUGAUUUAUUUGCUCCCUCACUUCCUGUACCCUUCAUUUUGUGUCAUUUCCCCGUCAGUCCACUGGAAAGUGACAUUCUCUCUUUUUCCUUCAAGCUAAGACAGAGUAGCUGUUUUGUUCUCAGCGAACCACGCCACAACGGUUGCCGUUGGUUGGUUGGCUCGCUCGUUGCAAACAGAUCUUCACAAUUUGUCAUACCGAAUGCUUAAGAUAGUCAACGAGUCUGCAGCAGAGGCGAAUACCUUGUAGCUAAUCAUUCUGAAUAUUCUUUGGAGCGCUGUGCUCCUGACGAUGACAAUGUUCUCAUGCAUUUAAACCACUUGACAAAGGGUGCUGCUCACAGUGUGAACAUUCAUCAAAGUGCUGCUCAAAGAUCCCCUCCUGUCUCGCUCGCCACCAAAACGACACCAAGGGACCUUUUUGAGGCUCAUCGUGCAGAUCUUUUCGGUUUCUAAUUUAGUGACCCCCCUCUCGAUCUGCUGCCGUCUGUGUGCAAUGCAACCGUGUAAAUACUUACUGUUUUUGGACACAAAAACUCUGGUCUCUACCCAGAUUGUAGUCUCUCCUCCAUGGGAGUUUUGCACAACAUGCUUCGUCUCACUUUAGUUGUGCAUUUUGCAUGCUAACACACCUCGUCACUUCUUGGUAGGACACAUGACAACAUUUAACGUCAGCAAAAGUGUAGAAACAAAAAAAGUACUAGCAAGCACAUGUGCAUAACAAAGCUGGUAAGAGUCCCUGAAGGAAAUCCCUUCUUGUACCACAGCGGUGUCUGAGCAACCCCACUCAGACUCGCCUCUGGAGCUCAUGUCCAUCGCCUGGCGGACUAGCGCGACCUGCCUCCUCUCCCCACUGUGUGGUUCCAAUAAAAACAUGCCAAGCGGGAGUCUAAAUGUGACUUCUGGUCCAGUGGCAUUAGGACAGAAAUGCUGCAUAAGGGGGUGUAGUCUGGCUGGUGUGUUCUGUCGGCAUCCUUUAACACACAGUGGUCCAGCAUCACUCAGGAAACACAUUUGUGUUACUUUGACAUGCAUUUUCCACCACUGCCACUCGGGAUUCAUUCAUCUUCCACUGAACCACUGAAUAUGUUGUGAUUUUUUUUUUUAAUUCUUUUUUUAGAUGUCGCUCCCACUCCACAAGGAGCAGGUCGGGGGGGUCUCCCACCUGAGCACAAACACUUUUUUGUGAGGGUCAUCUUUUAUUUGUUCUGUUUAUGCUGAUUAAUGUACAAGUAGGUGUAAGCAAGCCAUUCUGCGGCCAGCUGCUGAAGCCUUUUACAUGUAUAGGAUGCUCACCUUAGUAGUGGACAUCCUGUGCUCUCUCUAUACAUAUAUUAACACUGUAUAUCUUACUCUUCAGUUUUAGGGAAAGACAAACAUGUUCACUGAAAACUUAGAUGUCUUUCUACAGAUUAGAAAACAUAGCUAUAACAAUUUCUUAAACAAAAAAGGUCAACACUGUUUUUAUUGUGGUAUUUGUAUUUCAAUUUUUGUAUCAAGACUGUGAACAGCUGUCAGUAUGUGAGCGUGUGCGUGUGUGUGUGUGUGUGUGUGUGUGUGUGUGUGUGUGUGUGUGUGUGUGUGUGUGUGUGUAGAGCAAGUGUGCACAGAUGCGUGACAUGCAUGUGUGUUUUCACCCUCGUCUGGAUCACUGGAAUCAAACCUCAACCCUAAGGACACACAUCUCUGAUGUUGGAAUUCUACAAUAAACAUUCUCUCCUUGUACAGCA